AUGGAGACACCCAUUUGUCUGGUGCAAAACUGGAAAGAAGAGCUGAUGGUAAACCCGGAGGCUAUAAGGAUUCUUGAGAAGAUAUCUCAGCCUCUGGUGGUGGUGGCCAUUGUUGGCUUAUACCGUACAGGGAAGUCCUACCUCAUGAACCGUCUUGCAGGACAGAACCAUGGCUUUUCCUUGGGUUCCACCGUGCAAUCUGAAACCAAGGGAAUCUGGAUGUGGUGUGUGCCUCACCCCACCAAGCCAACCCAUACCCUGGUCCUUCUGGACACAGAGGGUCUUGGUGAUAUAGAAAAGGGUGACCCUAAGAAUGACUCAUGGAUCUUUGCCUUGGCUGUGCUUUUAAGCAGCACCUUUGUCUACAACAGCAUGAGCACCAUCAACCACCAGGCCCUGGAGCAGCUGCAUUAUGUGACUGAAUUAACACAGCUAAUCCGGGCAAAGGCCAGCCCCAGAGAGGAUGAAGUAAAGGACUCCAGUGAGUUUGUGAGCUUCUUCCCGGACUUUGUUUGGACUGUUCGGGAUUUCACUCUGGAGCUGAAGUUAGAUGGACGUGUCAUCACAGCGGAUGAGUACCUGGAGAAUGCCCUGAAGCUGAUUCCAGGAAACAAUCCCAAAGUUCAAAACUCCAACACGACUAGAGAAUGUAUCAGAUAUUUCUUUCCAGUACGGAGGUGCUUUGUCUUUGACCGGCCUACAAGGGACAAAAGUUUACUAUCUCAAAUUGAAAAAGUUCCAGAAAACGAACUGGAAUGGAAUUUCCAGGUGGAAUCAAAAAAGUUCUGUUCCUACAUCUUCACCAAUGCAAAGACCAAGACGCUGAGAGGCGGGAUUACUGUCACAGGAAACCGACUGGGGACUCUGGUGAAGACCUACUUGGAUGCCAUCAAUAGUGGGACUGUGCCUUGCUUGGAGAAUGCGGUGAUGACCCUGGCUCAGCGUGAGAACUCGGCAGCUGUGCAGAAGGCAGCUGACCAUUACAGUGAGCAGAUGGCCCAGCAGCUGCAGCUCCCAACAGACACUCUCCAAGAGCUUCUGGAUGUACAUGCAGACUGUGAGAAGGAAGCCAUUGCUCUUUUCAUGGAGCACUCCUUCAAGGACGAAGAGCAAGAGUUCCAGAGGAGACUGGUGGCUGUCAUAGAAGAAAGGAAGGAAGUUUUCAUGCAACAGAAUGAAGCAGCAUCUGUCAGUCACUGCCAGGCUGAGCUGGACAAGCUUUCAGAGUCCCUGAGGAAGAGUGUCUCAAGUGGAGUUUUCUCUGUUCCUGGUGGGCACAGUCUCUACAUAGAGGCCAGGAAGAAGGUGGAGCAGAACUAUGAGCGAGUGCCCCGGAAGGGAGUAAAGGCAAAUGAGGUUCUCAAGAGCUUCCUACAGUCACAGGGUACUGUAGAGAACUCCAUCCUGAAUUCAGACAAAGCCCUUACAGAAGGACAGAAGGCCAUAGCAGCUGAAAGGUCAAAGAAGGAGGUGGCUGAGAAGGAACGAGAGCUGCUGAGACAGAAACAGGAGGAGCAAGAGCAACUGAUGGAAGCUCAAGAGAGAAGCUUCCAAGAAAACAUGGCUAGACUUCAAGAGAAGAUGGAGAAGGAAAGGGAGACUCUUCUGAGUGAGCAGGAGAAGAUGCUAGAGCACAAGCUGAAGAUCCAAGAAGAACUUCUUGUUGAAGGAUUUAAAAAGAAGUCUGAAAUGUUAAUGAAUGAAAUAAGUCAUCUGAGAGAAGAGAUUGAGAGAACUAAAGAGAAACCCUCACUGUUUGCACAAAUUCUUGACACAGUUGGCGAUGCGUUCCUUAUUGUUUUACCAGGAGCUGGUAAAUUAUUGGGUGCAGGGAUAAAAGCUCUCAGCUCCUUUAUGAAAUAGCCUGGGAGUUCCUGGGAUGGGAUUUAUAAAGCUAGGAUUCUAUUAUUUUGAUACCACAACUAUAUACCUUGUUAUUAAAACUGCAUGUGCUACUUUAAUAAGCAGUGCUAUGCAUGAGGUCUGAACUCCCACUAUUGCUAAAUAAUCAAAGAGACACCACCUUAUUGGAGUUGAGAGUCAGUAUCAUUUCAUUAGCAGUUACAAUCAAGAUUAAAAAUACAAAUCAUUAGCUCAAAAAUACAAGAGAAUGGCAUCCAUAAAUCCCAUCAAAUUUCAUUGACAUAGUCUAUAUAGUAAGGUGGGAAACCAGUCAGAAUAUAGUGAAAUUAUUUCUAGAAAGGAUGUGAGUAAGUAAAAAAGAAAAAUGGUCCAAUGGAGAAGUGUGACAAUU